AAAAUUUAUUUAAAAAAAUACUAAUUUAAUAUAACUCGUGGUAAUUGUAUUGAAUUAAAAAUGAAGGCUAAAAAGGGACAUAUAACUCGAAAACAACGUUUGGCAAAAAAAGAAGCCGAAGCCAAAGCACUUGUAAACAAAGCGAACUCUCUCGUUGAUCCUCUCUCAUUGUUGGAUUCAUUUAAAUCUUUUACAGCGACUAAUAAUGCCACGUUUAAUUUAACAUGUCAGAAAGUUAAAGAUUUAUCGCCAGAAUUAUUAUCAUGGAUUUUUGAUUUAAUGGAGCGAAAUAUGAAGACUUUAUACGAACAAUCUCAUUGGGGAUGGAAUCAAAGUUCUAAGCAAAAAGAAUUGACUGAGCCCACGGCUUGGUAUUUAAUUGCAUUUUUAAAUGAAGAGCCAGUUGGAUUUUCACACUUUCGUUAUGAUUUAGAUGACAAAGUUGAAGUUUUGUAUUGUUAUGAACUGCAAUUAGAAUCAAAAGUCAGACGACAAGGUCUUGGGCGUUUUAUGAUGAAUACUUUAGAAGCGUUAUCAGCUCAAAGUGCCAUGAAAAAAGUUGUUCUUACAGUUUUGAAACACAAUCCCGAUGCCAAAACAUUCUUUCAAUCAUUAGGUUAUAAAGUGGACACAACAAGCCCAUCCGAUUGGGAAAAUCUAGAUUACUUAAUUCUAAGUAAAUAAAAUAUCACCAAUUGUCAUCAUCUGCUACUACUUUUGUAAGCGUACAAAAAUUCUAUUUAAAAUAAAAAGAUUAUUA